AGAGUAAGAAAUAUCUCAGUUAAAUCCUUCUUGGCCGCAAAGAUCAAGAUGUUUAAAAUUCUAUUCGCGAAGAACGAAAGUCGAGUGUGGGCUAUGAGCUUUAUCGCCGAAAAUAAUUUUUUCGGACCGUUUAAUGGUGACUUCACCAUACUGAUUAAAAGAAUUCAGUACCUAGAAAGAUCUAGUGCGCCUUUGGAGGUAAGUUAGAAAUUUCAUGGUUAUUAGAUUUAGGACCAUAUUAACCCUACUUUAACAGCAGGGGAAAAAACGGAACGCGAAGCUUUUAAAGCAAAAAUAAGAUCAAUUGCACAGUGUUACUUACCUCUGAGAUUUUGCGAUUUUAAUUUCUUUAUCAAUAAUCCUGAUGUAUAGAUACACAAAAAAAGACAAAAAUCCCAGAUGAUUUGAGUUAAUCUUUAGGUUUUUAUCCUGAUUUAGUUUUAUAAAUUGGGGUAUUAUUCUCUUUGCAACUAAGAACAACAGUCAGAAUACAAAUUACGGGAUAACCUCAAUCAGUGAUAUACUGUUAAGGCUGAGUUUAUUCUUCAAAGCUUGUUCCUCAAAAAUCGACUGAACUUUUUAUGAUUCACGUAAGUUACAAACAUCUCUCCGAAUUACUACAUGAAAGCUAAACAUAUGCAAAAACACUCCGAGUCCCUUUUUGGAAAUCUCUCUUAUCCGGACCUUUUGAAUAAAAUAAUUAAAAGUCUUUAUCCAUCAUUCUCAUAUCACCGAGUAUACUUCCAGAUAGAGCCAAGUUACAUCUACAGAUAACAGUUAACGAAAAAUUUAUUUCAGGACUGCCUCAAGGUUUUCUUGUAUUUUUUUGCUCAAAACGUUAGGGAUAUCUGACUGUGUUUUCAUGGCUUUGAAAAGCUAAGUACAGAGAAACGGAAAGUUUCAUGCACAAUUCAAAUAAAAUGAAAAAUAGUAAAAGUAACGAAGUCGCACGAAUUGAAAAGCAUAACUCGUGCGACAAACGUGAAGUCGGUUAAAAGUGGACAUGAGAUGAAAAACCUCACUACCAUUUUUAAGGUUAUAUUUAAGUACAGCUCGAACUGAUUAUUUUUUUAGUAGGGGCAUGACAGCAAUUAAACGAGAAAUUGAGAAAAAAACUCAUUAUUAUUUUAAUCUAUCGGGAGUUUUGCCACGACUAUGUAUUAAGGUCGCGGAAAUGAAAUGUGUUUGAUACUUCUGAUUUUAGUCCGAAUGCGCAGUGAGGAAACCAAAUUAAGAAGAUGAAUAAGAACUAGUUCAGCUACUUAUUUUUGACCUAAUAAUAAUCAAUCUGUAACAGGUUUGUAAUUAAGCUAAAAACGGAGUGCUUUAAUUUUUCCCUUCAGUAUUAUAGUUGAAAGAAUGAGGGUAACUUUUUCAUGAUCUUCUCAGCUGAAUAAAAACAGUUAAGUCAAAUUUUCAUUUUCAAGAACUGUUUGGGCCAUAGAUCGUUUAGACGCAUUAAAAUGUACGAGAAUUGUUUUUCCGAGUGCGCACGAACAAGCUGCUUUUGAAUAUCCGAAUAUUUUACUAGAGAAGUGGGAAAACUAGCAUAUAACGCCAAAUUGCUGGGAUGGGUAGACAAAGAGCAUAUUACUUGAUAUUUUAAGCUAGCCUCCGCGGCGCGAACGAACCUGAUCAGAUACCCGCGAUUCCGACGUCUUUAGACAAAUCAAAUUCUUUAGUUUCAAUUCAAAUUCUUUAGAAAAAUGUACAGACAAAUUCUCUAUAAUGUCACUAUGGAGUAUUCAUUCCUAAAAAAAAUUUUCAUGGUUCUGCCUUUAAUGUUUCCAGUAUGAUAUUUUCUUCCGUAAAUGACUUAUAAACUGCUACAAUUAGUUUGGGAGCCAUUUUUUACGUUCCUCGAAGACUUGUUAGCACAAAUAGCGCCAAAAAGUCAACGGCACUCGAGUAGGUUUACUUUCCAUUCACUGCGUGGUUUAAUAUUUACUCUUUCAAGAAGAACAAUGUUGUACGAGGCCUUCAUUUUGCUGCAUCAAGACUUUGUUCAUCCUCAGACUGAAAUCAACUUUCUUUCUGCUCAAUAAUGAAUUUAACUUUGCCCAUCUCAUCUCAACGGACGGUCAAUCAACUCGAAUAAUUGACAAGGGGAAGUGUAACUUUUUUCUUUGCUGUUAGUAAGACCUUAAGAUUGAAACCAAAGUUGUUCCGGGAUAAAUGGAGGUCUAUUUACAAGGUGUUAAUGAAGUUUGAGUCAAGGUUUAAUAGCCAACAUACUCAACACAACUUGAAAACAUAUGUCAAGUUCUCAUCUUCUAGUAAUAAUAUUCAUCUUCAUGAAAAUGUUCUGUCUAUUUUCAAUAUGAUUUAUACCUUUGUCAUCGUUAAAGAAAACGAAACGAAAACGAUAGAGAAUAAGCUGAAAGUUAAGCUUGAUUUUACAAUAGCGUCGAUAGGAUUUGUUUUUCGAAUGAACUGUUGAUUGUUUCUGCACGAAGAGGAAAUUAAAAUGAAAUAACACCAAACAACAUAAUAAAAUACCGUAUAUUGUGGAAACGUCGUUGUUAAAACGAUGUACGACAAAAAGUAGAAUAAAACAGACAAAAACACACAACAAAUAAAAAUUUAUUGUAAAAUUUUGAGAAACACAAGAAAUAUUAGGCCUCCAGUUACAAUGUUGUCCAUUUUCGAUCCAGUCUUCCUUAGGAGUGAGUGUGUACAAGGCACGUGUUAAAAGAAUCAAAAUCAAGUUGCUUUGUGACAACUGAAGAUCAGGUUUGAGAAUCAAACAUUUGGCAAACAGCAAGAGUACAUUAGUUGGUAGACUCCACAAUCAAUAUAUCAAAGCAUUUUACACCUUUACAAUGCUGAUUUUAAGUGGUGUUUAUUUAAGACACUUACGAUCUGGCUAACAUAUUGUCAUUUGCCACUAAAUGAAAAAUGCAUAAAGAGCUUGGACUGAUUUUCGCGCCAUGAAAAUUAGAAAAGCUCCUGAAGAGGACGGAUACGCAAAACACUCCGUGGUUUUAAGGAUGCUAUUGUCCCUGGACACGAAUUGUAGCUUUCAGCUAAUACAGACAGAUUUCUCACAGAAGGUAACUCUUCAAAUUCUUACAGCUACAAAAAGAAAAAGGUUACAAGAAUAUAGACCUGAACAAGUUAAACCACAUCGAGGAAAAGACAGAAAGAAAAUACGAGGUAAUGUAAAAUUAGGCAUCAGAGAUUUUAGUCGAACUUAAGAACGUAGCAAACGUGAAUUUAAAAAGAUUCCUUUGCGAUGAUUAAAAGAUAUUUUCAGAGAAAAAUUAGCUACAACUAAUUAACGAUUGUGUGUAUUUCCAAGUCGAUAAAAAGAACUCUUUGUAACAUUGGUUAAACAUACGUAUGUCGUGAACUGACAGACCUGAAAUUAAAUCAAGCUUAUAAGGAACCCUAUUCAUCUUUAGGGAGAUUCCUUUCUAACGAAAUCGAAUGAAAAACUAAAAAUGACAUGUCUAAUUAAAUGCAAUACAGACGCCUCGUUUACAAUCGUCCAUUUCUUUCCUCAUUGUCUUGGUGAAAUAUUAAGCGUCAACGGUACACAUUUUGUAAUCCUCCGUGUUUAUCAUUUUUUAACAUAUUUUUUGUAGGUGAGAAUUUUGUUGACUUAAGUGACACUGCUGGUUUCAAAAUCUUAACCUAUCUACUUUUAAACAAUAAUUCGAUUCCAUAUUUUCCUGGAGAGGUUUUUAACCAUUUCAUUAAAUAGGGUUCUUUCAUUUAUUUUAAAGUUAUUGACGUUUCUUCGUUUACAUUUUAACAAUGAUGGGUCACUCACUUCUUUUUUAACAUGUUUUCCCUUUUUUGGUGUUUUGAUCGGGCCUGAUAAACUUUUAUUAUCUGAGUCUUCUCAGUCCAUAGCUAUACUGAACAUGCAAGAGCUUGAAUUGAAUUUCUGUAAUAAACUUCAAAAUACGUGAAUCAUUUCACAUUCUGAUCAAAACAUAGUGAUUGCGACUUGAAGACAUACAAAUGGCUUAAAAAUUAGUCAAAUUUUCGCUCGUUUUCUAUGUUCAUCUCAAUAAAUAAGAAAAAAAAUUUGAAUUUGCUAAUCCAUCAAAAAACAAAGCCUGCGCCACAGACAAAGUUAAACGUCUGGUUAAAGGGGAAAUGUGGAGCUUAAUUUGCUAUCUUUUCUCAGUUUUAAAAAGUUAAAACUAUUUUCGCAUUUACUGAAUUCAAAAAUUAAUGGCUUAGUUUUGCUAUUUAAGCCAAUAUUUAGGCAUUACAAUUUUUUCCCUUUGUCUGUUGGCUUGGGAUGGCAAGGCUAAGAUGAACGGUGAAAAUGUUGGGCCAUCCGCGUUAAAGUUUUAAUGCUAUCCCUGCAAAAAAAAAAAAACACUCAAAAGCAUCAUAGUUAGAGCUCCCUGGUGAAAUUUGGCUGAUAUUUUCUCUAUAUCUCUACAACAGCAUUUUCUAUAUGGGUUAAGUUAGCAAAGUAAUGCGGACUUCAGCACAGAAUUCAUUGACAUUAGACUACAAUAUCCUCGUGACAAUAGCGUCUUCAAGUCUGUCGGCGAACUAGGGCCGAAAUUCCCCUUCUGCGCCACCAGCUGUGUACCAGGAUUUUGAGUACGCGCCUUGAUUGGCCGCCUGUUAAAAAAGCCACUGUACGAUUAGCCAAUCAGGUUAAAGGGAUGGAAACGCUCUCACGUAAUUCAUUAAGUCCGUCGCCGGGGGCAAUUGUCGGGAGCACAGAACAACGAUCUCGGCGCUGCUUCAGUUCGCAGACGUUACUAACCGGAGUAGAUUUACAAGGAAUAUUACAGGUAAUGCCAUUAGAGUGGACUCUGUUAAAUCAAUGAAGGGAAUCAAACAGUUUCUACUUACACUGACGUAAAACGCUAUAUCCGUUAACAUUUGGCAAAAAGAAGAAUUCAGUUCUACUACGUAAGAAUGCCUAUCAAAGGUUUUCCUCACAGAGAAAACGUUUAGAAACUGUGGUUUCUUUACGACACACCUGCCGAUCCGUUUGCACUUCCUUAGUCUCAAUUUGAAAUAAAAUUGCAGCAUAACCCACACAGUAUCUUAGUGUAGGAAGUUUUCGCGCAUUCAAAUUAGUAUGAUAAAAUCCUAAGUACCUAAUGCUGUCGGCCUCAAAAACCAUGUUCCUUAUACCUCAUAAUUUAACUUUAAUUGCCGUAUUUUCACCCACCUUUCUCUCAAACGUAAAACUGAACAAAGCACUUUCUUACUGCCGGGGAGAACGGACAGGAAAACUUUCAUGCACUUAAAAGAUGAUUUAGUAGCUCAGUCUGUGAUAAAAAUUGAACCAUACAUUUCCUGAAGAGUCAAAUGCUUUUGUUGUGAUACUUGAAACACUUCGUUGUUUUACCACUCGAUAUAGCAUCCAUGAUUGAUCACCUCGGAAGUGCAUAUGUACAAAGAAUAAAAAUACUGAAGCGGUGGUAACACAUUCGUAGAAAACAUUCUUGAGACUUACGAUCGCCGUAUGAUUUCUCUGCUCUCCAUUAUCAAAAGAUUUUCAGCAGCUUGAACGUAAAAGCAAUGUUUUCCGGCCUUCUUCAUUGCUAAAAGCGAGAAAAAAAUGACUUGAUUUUGUGCUAUCAGAGGUAUAUAACUAGGAAUUUAUCAGAGGGCAUCAUUUCGAAGCAAAAGCUUUGAAGUCGAUCCAGGAACAAAUUAUGUUAGCGUUUCUCGACUAUUUUCAGAUGAUCAAAACAUUUACUGACAUGGAGACUAAGUAGUCGCCUAUAGUUAAAUAUGGUAGGAAACCUCAGUCUAUUUUUGCCUAUCUCUCUUUCGUUGCUGGGAACGGUUUACAUUUUCAAGAGGCCAAGUGAGCUAGUCAAUCAGACUUUUUCGCCGUUAGUUUCUCACACCGGAGAAGAAAAAUGAUGUGGGGCUAAUUCAUGAACCAGAAAAUCUAUACUUUGUUGCAUCGUACAUAGUUAAAAUUAACGAAAAUAUACUGAUGAUUAACUCCAGUCCAUGGCUGUCAGCUCUCCAGCAAAAUCAAGUUAGCUGAACGGUGCUGACAACGUUAGUUCGCAUUAUUUGGUGAUGACAACUGCAUUGAUGUUGAUUAUUAAGGAAGAGUACGACUUGGAACGAGAAAGGCUUCAUAAGAGCAAAAUUAAAGUACUUAGUUAUUUGGUUUGAAAAAGUCGCACCAUACAAAACUCGUUUUGCCUUUCGAUUUCUUGCGUUCAUAUAAUUCUUUCAUAUUUGUAUUGCAGGAUCCAGAAGAAAAAGACUCGGUCACUGAAUACGAUUCUUUGCAGCAGGACGAUAUUUCCUGGAUGCAAAAAGCCAGGCCAGCUCUCUCCGAAGAAGAACAGAACAUGGAGGCGAUUCGAUCGACAGACGAUAAAAUUUACUUCAGAUCCACAAGGGACAUUACGGCUGGCGAAGAAUUAAGAUUUUGGCUAGGACCAUCAUUAGUAAAAGAAUGCGGACUAUGUACACCAAAACCAGGCCAAAUGCAGAAAGGUGAGUUCAGUUUUAGCAGAAACUCAUAAACCGCCUUAUGAACUUCUGGUUUUAACAAAUAAUUUUUUAGGCACUUUUUACUCCAACUACAUGUGCACCAUUUUAAAGUUAGUCUUUUGCUGUUAUGCUAUCGGGUUAAUUGAAAUACUAUGUUCUAUUGCACAACAGACGAUUAGUUCACUAAAAUCUUCCUCAGUCUACGAAGAAAAUCUUUAUCACUUGACAGGAGUUCGCAAUCAGGUGGACCUAUCUUUUCUCUAUAAUUACUGACAACAAAAAUUCUCUAUUUUCCAAUUGCCCAUAAUACACUCUGUUUGCCCCCCAAAUUCUGCAUAAACCAUUGUUUUUAAAUGCUGCUGGGAGUAUUGCAUUUUCCCAAGAGCAUUUUAAGACAAUAAGUUAUGCAAAAUUUGGGGGGCAAACAGAGUGUAUUAUGGGCAAUUGGAAAAUAGUCAAUUAGCGAAUACUGACGCGACGAGGAAAUUAUUCAGUAUUCUUGGAGUCUCUUUCCUACAGAAAAUAAACUAAACACUGCAAUCGUCCUCAAGAAAAUUAAGGUGUUGGUCUCCUUUUCACUUCUUUUAAAAACAGAGGUUUGUGCAUUUUUCAAAUUAAAAGCACAAACCCUGUAGGUAUUGGCUCAAAAACUUCGAAUGAUGAUUGGAGUCAGUUAAAGACAAGUGAAAUAUUAAGCCGACUAUUUCAGAGUCCAAAAUGCUUUUUGGCAAAAUGGCACUACUUUUAAUUAGCGACAUGAUGUUGAGACUAAUGGGUAUAUUAUUUUUGUGGCUGAGCCUUUUAAGUUAAUUAUUUAGAAAGUGAACAACUCGAAACUUGUAAGAUAAGGGUAUUGGAUACUAGAAAAAACACCGGUUGUUUUACAUUGUCAACAAAAUAUUCAAGAUCGUGACACAGAUUUUUUUGACGCGGGGACGUGUUUGCUAACCAUUUGUUUGAAUGACUGUUUUUAUAAACUGAUGUUAGUUUAAGUUUUCUUUUUUUCAUGUAACCUUGCUUUAAUAGCUCACGUGACUUGAUUUGCAUAUUGUCUGAUGAGCAUUUGCAUAAAAUUUUAGAUUCCUUUUUUCGAUAUGCGUUAAACUUCAAAAUGUACACCAUUCAUAACUUUUUAAAGGAAUUUCUCAGAGGACCCAUGCAUUAAUUUCCUUGAGCCCAAAGAUUCUCUGUCAUGAGACAAUUUGGCUUAAAGAGCUUUUAUUCUCUAAUUUCCUUGUUCUAGAGUCUUAUUUGGUCUGCCAGAUUUGCCAGGAAAGCUUUCAAUAUUCACGUGCAUUUUCUGUGCACACAGCUUUUGGCUGUGAAAAACGUGGUUCUGGUUCGUUUCCCCAGUGUGAAGGUGAAGUGAAAGACGAUGGUUUAGCAUCAGCAAAUGAUGUUGAGACAAAUCAUUCACAUGACCAACUGGAAGAAAAACAACAGCACGGAAUUGAAAUCGAGGUUAAGAAGUCACUCAACGAAGAUGUUCCGAGUACAAACAUAGAAUUUUCGGAAACAGUCGGUAACAGUCGCGUCUUAUCGAACCCAAGACUAGCCAGCCUUAUUUCAAGCUUCUCCCGCCCUCGAUUACGUAAGCGGUUAACUAACGAGUCUCAGUCAUUAGCUGAAUACCACAAACAGGAGUUCCGAAAGAAAUUCCAGGGUAAUGAGCACUACCUCCGAAGGCAUCUUUACCGCGAAAACAUGGGGACGAAAGGCGCAAUGAAUUAUCGACGCCCACAGACUCUGAAAGAAACCUUCAAUUAUUCUGGCAUCCAUGGCGAUCAGGACGAAAUUGAGAUCCAAGAGGAAAGAGAGGAAUACAUAAACUGCUUUCGUAAAGACUACAAGUUAGCUGGCGGCGCCAUGUCUUCGUCACCAACUCAUGAAAUGUAUAGACGUAUAAAAACAGUUGACGCAAAAAAACAGGACGAUCAUAGAGAAAAUUUGCUAUCGAGUGACUCUUUGAGAACUUAUUGUGCAGUAUCAGGCUCAACAGAAAAUGACGCGACUUUCAUCACUGAUAGCUAUCCUACUAUUAAAACCCAAAAAUCCCAACAUGUGGACGAGGAACUAUUAUCACGUGAAACUGUUCGCAAAUGCACAUGUAACGAGCAUGACAACGCACGCGGUACUCCAAAAUCCCCAACCGCAUUUAAAAGGAUGUAUGCAGUACAAGACGUUGCUAUGGAGGAAGAUGAAAAAUGUAAUUUGAAUGAUCCUGUCCAGACACAUCUCAAUGGUUUUGAAUCAUUCUUUAUUUACCAGAGACUUCAAACAGAAGACCAAAUUUCAUACCGACAGCACUCACACUGUCCCUGUUACUCUACGCCAACACUGUACGAACCAAAGGGACAUGUCUCAAGGUAUUACGAGCCCGCGUUUUUGUUGGACUCAAUGUAUCGUUACUCCCCCUAUCCGCGCAUGCUUCCUUUUCUGACGCAUCAACCUGUUAAGUCUUUCCAGACCUCCUCACGUAAUAAAGGCUUCACAUGCGAGUACUGCGGCAAGGUAUACUGCAGAAAAUACGUGUUGAAAAUUCACAUGCGCACGCAUACAGGAUUCAAGCCUCUCCGCUGUAAAGUUUGCGAUAAGUCGUUCAGUGAUCCUAGCAACAUGAAGAAACAUGUAAAGCUACAUGAGAAUGAAGAUACAGUGCACAAAUGCCGACAUUGUGGGAGGAGCUUUGUGCGAUAUAGAGGAUUGUUAAAUCAUAUUAAAUCAAAGCAUUCUGAACUUGCUCCGACAGAAACAAUGUAA